UUUAAACUUUCAACAAACUACAGUGAGGAGAGAUGGCGGUGCCUUUUCUUUUGAUAGUUCUUCUCGUGCGAGUUGACAUAAUUUCAACUUCGACACUAGUGGAUCUUGAUAUAAAAAUUAAAGCUCUUCAAUCUAAAGUUGAUACACUGGAAACGCAAGUGGGCACGUCUUCCAGUUACUGUCGCAUGUUACAAAAGGAUAUCUGCGGACCAUGCACUUGCUUGGAUGACUACACAAUACCGCAAAAAUAUUACUGUGACUGCCGGAAUCUAAAACCACAACGAGACUGUUUACAACAUUACCAAUCAGGAGUGAGAGUUGAUGGUUUGUAUAUGGUGCACAUGAACAAUUUAAAGAUGGUACAAGUCUACUGCGAUCAAACAACAGACGGCGGUGGUUGGACAGUGUUUCAAAGAAGAAUGGACGGCACAGUCAACUUUUAUCGAAACUGGCGCGAAUACAAAAUCGGUUUUGGAAAACUUCAACAUGAAUUUUAUCUUGGUAAUGAAAAUCUCUACAUUUUAACACUACAGUCGUUGUAUCCGAAAGGAAGUCAACUGCGCGUAGAUAUGGUAGACUGGGACGAUAGAAGGAUCUACGCGAAGUACAGUUCUUUUCAAGUUGAUAAUGAAAAUACCAAAUACACGAUUCAUCUCGGUUCGUAUUCAGGAAACGCUGGCUACAGUCUAACAUAUCAUGAUGGACAAAAAUUUUCAACCUAUGACAAGGACUAUGAUGCAAGUAGUGAUAACUGUGCCCAAAAAUAUCGAGGCGCGUGGUGGUUUAAGAGCUGUCAUCUUUCCGAUUUAAACGGCGAAUACGUGCAGAAAGAUGCACCCCACCCAGGAAGUGAGAGAGGUGUAUAUUGGUAUCAUUAUAAAUACAGUUCUACAUACUCCUUAAAGUUUACAGAAAUGAAAGUCAGAAGACUUUAGAGGAAAUACAUGAAUACAAAAUGUAAA